CUCGACGGUAUUCGAACUUAGCCUGACCGGCGUCCUUGCGUUCAGGGCAUGCAAACUGAGCGCUGAACCUGGCUAUUGAGGGAAGAAGGAGGCACUGGCCUGGGUGGUGUGCUUUCCGGCGAGCGUCACUGUGUUAGUGACCUGGCACUGCGUUGAGGCCAUUGGGUACGGUCUAGCCAUGGCGCUGCAUGGCUAUAGGCCUGGGUACUGGUAUCACCAGGCCCGUUGGAAGCCCGUGUCCGAGGAAGGGCCCUGGAUCACCGUUAUACUCAACUACGACGGUGGAGACGAGGUGUUACUGAAGAUCAACGUGGAGGGAGCAAAAGAGGUGGAGAUGCGGACCGAUGGAAAGCUGCAAGACGCGAUUACAGAGGCCAGAGAUCGAGCGGAGAGACGGUGUAGGAGGGACGGUGUGACGGCGAGACUACGGAUAACGGUGACUUACCAAGAGACAAAAACUUCGAUGGACACGACAGACCUAGAGCAGGCCCACCAGGAAAGGGACUCAGGCGGGGAGAGUGAGAUGAGUGAAGUAGGAGAUUGGGAAACGGACCUCAGGUCCUGGAACAGACCAGGCGAGAUCCAGAGGCAUCAUCGAGCCACGAAGCCGGAGGAAGUGGGACCCGAGGCCAGCUCUGGACAGCUGACGCCCAGAGGCUGCGGGACGGGAGGGAGCACUUGUGAGACGGAAAAGGUUGGGGAAGAGAGAGAGGAAGGAGGUCUGGGAAGCAGGGAAUCUCUGACAGAGUGUAUUGUGAAAGAUGAAAAUGUGGUGAAGACAUCAGCAGGAGAAGAGUACCCAUAUGACAUCAAUUGGGUGCCGGGUCGUGUUCAACUGGGCAUUGUUGGAGGAGCACCCUGCUUUGCAAUCAAAGUCGAAGGGACAUGGGUUCCAGUUUCUGCCCCCAAAAUGAAUAAAUGGCGAAACGUAACUCUGUCAAUCGUGUUUGACAGAGUAUUGAGGUUGAACGAUGGGGCAACACCACAGGUGAAAGGCCGAUAUGCAUUGGACAUGUGGCGUGUUCUGGAGGCGCAGGGCGUGCCACUCUCUCUCGCAGACGGCCAUGUUGGAGCAAGAAAGACAUUACAACCUGACUCAUCUUCUCAGGAAAUCUUCCUUAUAGAGAGCUCUGUGCGAGUGAAGAUGGCGCGCAAGGCAGUUCUCAUCGGCAUCAGCUAUGCCGACAACCGACAGAUUCCGACUCUGGACGGUCCUAUGCACGAUGUCCUGCAAGCGAAAUCGGUUUUGACGUUAUCGUAUGGCUUCGCCGAGUCGGAUCUUUUUGUGCUUGUCGAUGAUCCGUGCGUCUACAAGGGCGGCGCUCUCUCGCCCACCAAGUCUAAUUUGUUGGCCGCUCUUGAUUGGCUGGUGAAAGGCGCGCGGGAGGGCGACAUUUUGUACGUGCAUUUCUCCGGCUAUGGGUCCCAGGUUCCGUCAAAGGCUUCCUUCGAAGGAUUGGAGGAGGUCAUCCUGCCGGUGGACGCGACGUGCGAAGCUAGCGGUUUCAGGAAUUUCAUCACGCAUGAUGCGUUCUUGGAGAAGUUCGACUGUGUUCCGAAGGGCGUUACUGUUGUCUUCGUGUUCGACACUGGAUUCAGGGCUGACAAUGAAUGUGCGGCAGCUGUUCACCAUUACACGUGUCGCAGCCUGCUGAACAAGGCUGUGAGGACGAGGGGCCUCGAGAAUGUCGGCGUAAGGGCGGGCUACAGGAAGCUGAAGGAGGACGGGAGGUUCGCGGCGUUGAAAUCUGGGAAUCCUCUUCGAGACAGGUGCUUCGCUACUCCUUGUGCCUGGUUUGCCAGCGACGAACGACAGCCGAGCUGGGACGCGAAAAUCGAAGGGAAAGCUGUGGGCGCUUUCAGUUAUUACUUCUAUGGCGCCAUCAGCAACUCAUCCAACGGCACGGAUAUCACGAAUGACAGCCUUCUCUCCGCCACUACGCAAGCGCUCUACGAUGCUGGAUUUUUGCAGAAGCCCGUGUUCGCAUCCGUUGAUGCCGACGGCAAGCAGAAGAAGUUCCUUCCGCCCGUGCCUGCGCCGCCCGCUCCCGUCGUCUGCCCGGCGCCGUCGGAGCCGCAUCCUGUCUGCGGACCUCCGCGGACGGUCGAUAGUAUCGUGAGGGAUCUGGUCUGUGCUUUGGGUGUCACCGGUCUGGAUAUCGCUACUCGGAUCAGAGAGGGUUGGUCGAAGCUGACAGUAGACGAGCAAGUCGUCAUUUAUGAGUCGUUGUUCACGGCGGGAGGUGUGAACGCAGUGAAGCUGGGUGCGGAGCUUGCGGGUGAUGAGCGCUUCCUCCAAACAGUUGACUGUUUGGGCGAGGUUGUCUUUGAGAAAUGCUCUCGAUAUUCGCUGAGUUACUGGGUCAAGUGUUCCCGUCCGAGUGCGAAUGUCUGCUUCAUCCCACCUCCUCCUCCUGCGAUCCUUGUCUGCGCACCACCGCCUGUCUGCCCACCACCGUUUGUGUGCCCGCCAGCAUGUCCGCCACAGCCUUUCUGCCCACCAGCAUGUUCGCAACCUCCCUCCCUGACACGCCUCCAGGAGCUCUCGAUCGCUUAUCUCAAGAACCACGUCGUAUCUGCCGAUUGCGAGCAUAUCGUCGAGCUUCUGGCGACGCGAAUUGCCCUCUCCCAGUGCGCCGCCCUUGCCGACCAUCAGAGACUUGUUGAUCAGCUUUCGUUUCUUGUUCAACCGAAGGCAUACGGCUUGAUCGCUGAGCUGUUUGGUGAUGCUCGCCCACCUGCAGGUCUCAAACUUCCCGGUGCUGUCUGCGCGGAUCCGUGCACGCCCCCACCGCCACCACCUGCCGCUCACGCAUGUGUGCCCUCUCCCCCUUGCCCACCCGCGUUUGUUGAGCUUGACGCUCAGCAGAGCUACUUCGUGAGUAGGAUUGUCAGCUACGUCAAAUGCUCCACGGAUGCGACGAGGGUGAAGGAUAUGUCCACGAAGCUCGCAGGCUGUGCUGGCAUCGGGCUCACUGCGCAGCAGGCAAUCAUCGACGAGAUCGCUACCCUGGUGGAGGCGGACGGGUGGUUUGCCUUGAAGCUGAUCUUUGCCAAGGAGGCGCCUGCGGGUUUGAAGUUCCCCGAGAAAUGUGUUGCGCCNGUCAUUUACGAGUCGUUGUUCACGGCGGGAGGUGUGAACGCAGUGAAGCUGGGUGCGGAGCUUGCGGGUGAUGAGCGCUUCCUCCAAACAGUUGAGUGUUUGGGGGAGGUUGUCUUUGAGAAAUGCUCUCGAUAUUCGCUGAGUUACUGGGUCAAGUGUUCCCGCCCGAGUGCGAAUGUCUGCUUCAUCCCACCUCCUCCUGCGAUCCCUGGUUGCCCACCACCGCCUGUCUGCCCACUACCGUUUGUGUGCCCGCCAGCCUGUCCGUCACAGCCUUUCUGCCCACCAGCAUGUCCGCCACCGCUAUGCCUGACACGCCUCCAGGAGCUCUCGAUCGCUUAUCUUAAGAAGCACGUGGUAUCUGGCGAUUGCGAGCAUAUCGUCGAGGUUUUGGCGACGCGAAUUGCCCUCUCCCAGUGCGCCGCCCUUGCCGACCAUCAGAGACUUGUGGACCAGCUUUCGUUUCUUGUUCAACCGAAGGCAUACGGCUUGAUCGCUGAGCUGUUCGGUGAUGCUCGCCCACCCGCAGGUCUCAAACUUCCCGGUUCUGUCUGCGCGGAUCCGUGCACGCCGCCACCGGCACCGCUUCCCACUCAGGCAUGUGUGCCCCCUCCCCCUUCCCCACCGGCCUUUGUUGAGCUUGACGGUCGGCAGAGCUACUUCGUGAGUAGGAUUGUCAGCUACGUGAAAUGCUCCACGGAUGCCACGAAGGUGAAGGAUAUGGUCACGAAGCUCGCAGGCUGUGCUGGCAUCGGGCUCACUGCGCAGCAGGCAAUCAUCGACGAGAUCGCCACCCUGGUGGAGGCGGACGGGUGGUUUGCCUUGAAGCUGAUCUUUGCCAAGGAGGCGCCUGCGGGUUUGAAGUUCCCCGAGAAAUGUGUUGCGCCUGCUCCAGCCCCUUCGGUUUGUCUUCCCCAGGCAUGCCUUACUGCCGUCCAAAUCGCCACGGUGGAGAAGAUCUCUGACCUGGUGGAGAAUAUCUGCGAUCGUGAACUGGUGCGAGGCAUGCUGUUGAAGCUUGUGGAACCGUGUCCGUCAGACUUGGACCACAAGCAGAGCCUCCUCGAUGAGGUCGUUAGAUUGGUGAAGAUCGCAGCAAGGCCGUGCCUUCCCGCGUUGUUCGUGCCAGAGCCGCCGAAGGGUUUGAUUUUCCCUGCAGGAACCUUCCACAAGGAUCCUUGCGAGCCCAAGGUAGGGGGCGGUGUUUCGCUGACGGUGCGACAGAAGAAUGCGGUGGACUUGCUGGCGAGGUAUGGGUUGGGAGUGGGCGAAGUAGAAAAAGUCCGUGACCUGGCCACGGUGAUCGCGUGCAACAGCAACCUGACACGUGAUGUGCAGCAGCAGAUCAUCGACAAGAUCGCGACGCUGGUGGAGAUCCGUGCGUACCCUGUUCUUCCGGAGUUGCUGAGCUCGGACGUGGCGAUCUCCGCGCUGGUUUUCCCUCCUGGGACGUUUGUCUCCACGUACGUGCUGGCCACCGGCGAGGCCCUGAAGGACCUGAAGAGUGCGGAGGAGAGCCUCCGGGAUCUCGUGUGCAAGUUGGGAGUGGAGGGGUACGAGAUCGGAAUGAAGGUGAAGUCGCAGUGGGCGACCUUGGAAGUGGAAGAACGCAAGAGCAUAUACAAGUCGCUGUACUCGAAGGGCGGGCUGGACGCCGUCAAGGCGGCCGCUGUGUUGGGCAGUGAGGUGAACUACGUGGAGUUGCUGGCCGCGGCCGUUGCAUCAAGCGUCUGCUGCCCAGCUGUUCCCCCUGUUCCCGAGGCAGAGCUUUCCACGGCUGUGCGGAAGCUCCUGGAUAUCCUUGUCCUGCGGGCGGGCAUCGCCGGCUAUGAUCUGGGUGUGAAAAUCCUUAAGGAGUGGAAGUUUUUGAGCGCCGAGGAGCGCAAGAGCGUAUACGCGGACCUCCUCCGACUGGGUGGCGUUGAGGUUCUGGCGGCUGGCGCGAAACUCGCUCGCGAUCGCUUAUUUUUGGAGGAAUUGGUCGCACUGGGGAGGAAGCUAUCGUCCUCAGCGAGCGGAAUGUUCCAUUGCACUGCUGAGAAGGCAGUUGAGCAACAGCAGUUAUUGCGCCAGAUCGUGGUGUUUGCUGGUUGCACAGGCUACGAGCUGUCGGUGAGGCUUCUUUCCCACUCCCUGUCCGUCUCUGACAGAUGGGAGAUUUACUCGAAGCUCUUCGCUGAAGCGGGUCUCGAGGCCGUUCGAUUGGCCGUGUCGCUUGCGAAGGACUCCGUCUUCCUUAAACAGUCGACUUCUGUCGUCAACGACCUCAGUCUGUUCCUCUGCAGGGGGGGGUACUUGGAUGAAUGUCCCCCUCCGGAGGUUUGCUUGCCGAAGCCUGAGAAGCCCUCCUGUCCUAGCGUGACUGACUUUGACGUCAUAGCUACAAAAGCGGGAAGGACCGCCCUCAACGAUAUAGUUUCCAUCGCGGGCUUGAGGGGCUACGACAUCUGUAUCCGAUUGGUGAAGGAAGCAAGCACGUUGUCGGCCAUGACGAAAUUGGAGCUCUACGGUAGGUUGCUUGGCGAGGGUGGGCUAGAUUCGCUGAGGUUGGCCGCAGUGAUUGCGCGUGACCGGGACCUCCUCGACGAGCUGAAGAAAUUUGCGGAGCAGGAUAUCAUUUCGCAAGUGCUGUGCGCCGGAAGUUCCUCCGCUUGCAACUUAUUCAGGGAGCUUACAGGCAAGGAGAAGCAGGAGGUUUAUGGCAAAAUAUACGCGUUGGGCGGGCUGGCUGCAGUGAAAUCUGCAAUUGUUGCCGCCAAAGACACCGAAAUGGCCAGAUCGGUGGCAGAGUUGGUGGCGAAGGUGAAGAUGUCCAUCGUGGAGCUGGUUCUCGAGACCUCGUGCGUGGAGGACAAGCCGAAGCCAGCUGCUCCCGCGUCUCGGCCUACCUGUCCUGCUCCUGUUGCUUUUGGGCCACCUAUCGCAUGCGCUCGUCUGGACUUGGAGCAGGAAAGGAUGAUCGUUGCGCUUUACUAUUUGGCAGGCGAGGAUGAGGGGGUGAAGGCCUACGCCACGCAGCUGGCCGUGGAGGUCCAGAAGCUCAAUGAGGAGUGUAAGAGGAAGCUUAUCGGCCAUAUCAUCAGUCGAACGGGCCUCGAUGGCGUGGAUCUCGUGCUCGCCCUUAGCGAGGGGUCGUCUGUUUUCCGCAAAAGCCAUUGCUAGGUGCCCAGUCGGAUGUAGCCCUACCUACGAGCAGGGACUGCAGCAGGAGCGAAUAAAACAUCAUCGGGAUGCAACGUCCCACCACUGCAGCAGCCAUUGCAGCACCAGGUCCAUCGCCAUCAUCAGUAGCGCUGAGGGGUACAGCAGCACUAGGUUUGCUUGUACUUCUCAAUCAAUGAAUUGUGUCGUUUGCAGUUGGAAGAAAACGAAUCUGCAUGUCGAUGGAUGAAGUGCGCGCUGGCUUGUAUUUCAUAAGGUCUAUUUUUGUUCCUUUUUUGAAACAAGUACGGGCGCGGCAGGUCUCGCGUUCCUGAUCGCGAAAAUACACUAAACGCUACUCUCCUCACGGCGGGAGUUUGAAACGGCAAUUUGAGUCGAAGUAGAUCCGCUGGCUUUUCGUUUUCUUUUCUUUUUUCCCCCCUUUUCCCGUCUGGCACCACCGCGCGCCCCUCCCCUGUAGUUAUAACACUUGUCCCUCUGUCACCACCGCGGUACUUUCAUUGCUUCCUUUACCUCGGGAGUGUGUUUUUUCUUGCUGAUCCAAAACGUUGUGACGUCAACGUACUUGCCCCCUUUUUUGCUUUUUAAACCUGCGGGUGGCGAGGCCGGUGUGUAAUCAGUUGAUACGCUAGUGGUAUGAUCAUACUAUGAUAUAGUUCCCUGCAGUUUUCUCUGCCCGUCGCCGACUUUUCCUCUUUUGCUCCCUUCAUCCUCUCCGGGGAUCGCUCUUCGGCUAUUGCCGGCAACUGAGUCAAGACUGCAAUGAUGACGAAAUCGAUGGCUAUGGCGGCGAGGCCGCGGUGGUCACGUUGCCAUCUUCAUCAGUGACGGCUUGAUGACGAAAGCGAUGGCUAUGGUGGUGAAGCCGCUUGAUGACGAGAGCGUGGCGUCUAAGAUUACGGGUUGUCACUACAUCCACAAAGCACAGAAAGACAAGUUAGCAAUCCAUAUUUUUGUACGAAUCAGCCCCAUCGUUUUCAGAAUGGAGCGUGAGGCUCCUUUGAAGAUCUCACCACUCUCACGGGCUCGCACCAAAUUUGUUCCAGAAUGGGCCCUUUGUAGACCAUUGCCACAUACCCUCAACCCGCGUCUUUUUUGUAAUGAUUUAAAUUUUUUACCCUCGAAUCUCUGGUCCCAUGUCGAAAACCGUAGUCCUGUGAAGUAGACCGCAGGCGGACUCAGUUCCAGUCGGCGGCCACAGUAGACCGUAAGGGUUAGGGCCAGGGAGAGAGACAGUUACCAAAAAGGAACAGGGGUUCCUCUAGGUCGGUUUGCGCCGAGUUCGGACCGGCUGCUAGGUCUGUGAACUGGUAGGAGGGGAGUUGGGAGUUGGGUAUGCAUCUUGUAGUAGUCAGCUUAGACACUACUGGGUUCUGGAGACUCGGAAGCGAAACCGGCUGAUGCUGCCGGGAUAACUCCGGGGUGAAUUGUGAGGUCCCCGGCCUCGUUUCAAGUGACGUUCUGAAAUGGUAUUGAAUGUGGAAAAAAAACAAAAAAAAAACUUGGAUUUAGAAGUAGUUGAACAAGCCGAAUCCACUGUAACCGUUUUUCUAUGUAACCGUUUGAACGCGAACUCAAAUUCGCAUUCAAAUUUGAACGGCAUUCAUUUUUUUUUAAUCUCUCUCUCUCUCUCUCUCUCUCUCUCUCUCUCUCUCUCUCUCUCCAGCACAGCGCGUCUGAAUGCUGUAGGGCAGUGUAGGCCGCGGUGUGGGGCCUCGUCUGAACGCUGUGGCCCGGAGUGUGUGUGUGUGUGUGUGUGUAAAAAUGAGCGGAAAGCCCGUGUGCAAUGAACGCACGGUUAACGU